AUGGCGAACAAAUUUAGUGGUGCUUUACAGCUCACAAGUUUAGACGAUUUUAUUACUCCAUCGCAGGAAUGYAUAAAACCUGUUAAGAUAGAGAAAAAGGAGGGAUCAAAGGGAUUGGCAAAAAUCAAGAUUGAAAGUGAUGGCAGUUAUGUGCAGUUAUCAGAGGAUGGAGGAAAAGCAAAGCUAGAAAAAGCACAAAUAACACUAAAUGAUUGUUUGGCUUGYAGUGGAUGUAUAACAACAGCUGAAAGUGUUUUGAUCACACAGCAAAGCCAAGAUGAACUUUUUAAAAUAAUACAAAAUAAUAAAAAGUUAUUAAGUGAAGGUUUGGAUAAGGACAUUAAGACUGUAAUCAUAUCAGUAUCUCCACAAUCAAGAGCAUCAAUUGCUGCUAAAUAUAACCUUACUAUUGAACAGACCGCAAGAAAAUUAACAAACUUCUUCAAACAAUUAGGAGYCCAUUAUGUGUUUGAUACAACAUUUUCUAGAGAUUUUAGUCUUCUUGAAAGUCAAAAAGAGUUUGUAACAAGAUACAAGGCACAUCAACUUGGUGAAAAAGGAAUGAUACCAAUGCUGGCUUCGGCAUGCCCAGGGUUUGUUUGUUAUGCAGAGAAAACGCAUGGUAGCUAUAUUCUUCCUUAUAUCAGUACUACCAAAUCACCUCAACAAGUAAUGGGAUCCUUAGUUAAGGACAGACUUGCAAGUCAGUURUCAAAAAGCCCUGAUGCCAUCUAUCAUGUUUGUAUUGAGCCAUGUUUUGAUAAGAAGCUAGAAGCAUCACGUGAUGAUUUCUACAAUGAYAUGUACAGUACAAGAGAUGUAGACUGUGUGAUUUCUACAGUUGAAGUUGAGACUAUGAUAGAGGAACAUCAGCCUGGUUUUGCAAAGCUAGAAGAGACUGAUAUUGAUACUUUAUUUUCCAGUAUAAAGGAUAAUGAGUUAGUUGGYCAUUCAGGAGGUGGUUCAGGUGGAUUUUUAGAACACAUUUUCAGAUAUGCAGCACAAGAGUUAUUUGACSAAAGAAAUGUUGAAUUAACAUACAAAACUCUUAGAAAUAAAGAUUUUAAAGAAGUCACAUUACAGGUUGAUGGAACUGAUGUACUUAAAUUUGCACUAGCUUAUGGYUUUCGCAAUAUACAAAAUCUUGUACAGAAGUUAAAGAGAAAUAAAUGUACUUAUCACUUUGUGGAAAUUAUGGCUUGCCCUUCAGGAUGCAUAAAUGGAGGAGCACAAAUAAGACCUAAAGAGAAUGAAUCAUCAAAAGAAUUAAUUGAGAAAGUAGAUGUGUUGUAUAAUUCCAUCAGUACAAGAGAUCCCAUGGAUAACCCAUCUGUCAAAGAAUUAUACAGUGAAUGGCUUGAUGGUGAAAACUCAGCAAAGGUUAACAAGAUGCUACAUACACAGUACCAUGAAGUAGAGAAACUUAAUACAGCACUUAAUAUCAAAUGGUAGCAAGAUGUACAUUGAAGGUUUAGAUGACAAGGGUGCGGGAAAAAGGGUAGUUAUUCACAGAUUGAGCAAGAAAAACCAAACACAAAUGACAAAUAACACAAUGAGUCUUCAAAUUAGUGAAACGCUGUAGAAAAUGAUAACAAAUACCUUUUAAAACUUCUUAAAAAAGUAAUAAAUAURCACAUAAAGUUG